AUGGAGCGCAGAGCAGCUCGCAGUGGAGGGCGAGCAGCUCCAGGCUGGCUCAGCCCUGCGCUGUGGCUCGUCGCCGCGCUCCUCGUCAUUCGGUCGCUCCCCACCUCGACAGCCGUGAAACGAUACGACUUCAAGACGUGCGACCAGUCUGGCUUCUGCAGGCGCAACAGGGCUCUCGCAGACCGUGCUGGCGAGGCAGGCGCGAGCUGGCAGUCGCCGUACGAGGUGCACGCGCCCAAAUUCAGCGGGGGCAGCUUCCGAGCAGCCGUCUCAAACGCCCUCUUCCCCCAGAUCAAGUUCUCUCUCGAGCUUCGGUUCCAGCAGGAUGGUACGGCGCGGGUCUUGAUGGACGAGGUGGAUGGACUGCGGCAGCGGUACAACGAGGCGGCGAAGUGGACGCUUGUUGGAGAACCUCAGGUCGAGGAGAACGAUGGGCGGUACGAGGCGAACGUCAAGGAGGCCUUUGCGACGAUCAAGUACCACGGCGGACAGAACGAGGCUCGCAUCGACUACAAGCCCCUCACCAUCACCUUCUUCCGCGACGGCCAGCCUCACAUCAUCCUGAACGAGCGCAAGCUCUUCAACAUGGAGCACUUCCGCGUCAAAACCGUCGGCAACCAGCCCGAAGAGCUCGUCGUUGAAGACCCCGAGCACCCAGACGAGCAGCUUGUCGUCGUCCAGAGCGAGGCCUUUCCAGGUUUCCUGCCUCCAACGGAGGACGGCAUGUGGGAGGAGUCGUUCAACGGGAAGACGGACAGCAAGCCGAAAGGCCCCGAGUCGCUCAGCCUCGACAUCACCUUCUCCGGCUACGAGCACGUCUACGGCAUUCCCGAGCACGCCUCGACGCUGAACUUGAAGGAGACGAGGGGCGGCGAGGGCGCGUACACCGACCCGUACAGGCUGUACAACCUGGACGUCUUCGAGUACGAGGCGGAUUCGGAGAUGGCGCUCUACGGCUCCAUCCCGUUCAUGCAAGCCCAGCGUGCUGGCUCGUCGGUCGGCGUCCUUUUCGUGACCGGCUCAGAACUGUGGGUCGACGUCACCCGUUCGCCCACCGCCAAGUCUGUAACUUCCGCCUUCAAGAAGGGCAAGAAGGCAAAGGGAGGGGCCGAGGACGGAGGUCCGUCUGCUCGCACAACGUCGACGCACUGGAUGGCCGAGUCGGGCAUUCUCGACCUCUUCGUCUUCCUCGGACCGACACCCGCCGAUGUCUUCGACGCCUACACCGCCCUCACCGGUCGCGCGCCGCUCCCGCAGCUUUUCGCACUCGGCUACCAGCAGUCUCGGUGGCAGUACUGGGACGAGCGGUCGGUCCUGGAGGUCCAGAGCAAGUUCGACGAGGCCGACAUCCCCCUCGAGUCGAUCACGCUCGACGUCGACUUUACGCCCGAUAAGCGCUACUUCUUGUGGGAGCCGCACAAUUUCCCGACGCCGGAGAAGAUGCAGGAGAAGCUUGCUGAGCGAGGGCGCAAGCUCAUCACGAUCGUCGACCCGCACAUCAAGCGCGAUCCCGACUACUACAUCUACAAGGAGGCCCAGGAUCUCGACAUCCUCGUCAAGCAGCCCGACGGCAAGAGCGAGUUCGAGGGAUGGUGCUGGCCCGGCUCGAGCUCGUGGACCGACUGGUUCAACCCGAAGAGUCACGAUUGGUGGAUCAAGCAGUUCCGCUACGACAAGUACAAGGGUUCGACGCCCAACCUCUUCAUCUGGAACGACAUGAACGAGCCCUCCAUCUUCAACGGUCCCGAGAUCACGAUGCAGAAAGAUGCCGUUCACCACGGCGGCUGGGAACACCGCGACGUGCACAACAUCGUCGGCAUGAUCUACCACAACUUGUCGUCGCAAGGCGUCAUCGAGCGCGAAGACCCGCCUCGUCGACCCUUCGUCCUCACGCGUGCCUACUUCGCCGGCUCGCAGCGAUACGGCGCGAUGUGGACGGGCGACAACAUGGGCGACUGGCCGCAUCUCGCGAGCACCGUGCCGAUGCUGCUCAGCAACAACAUCGCGGGCAUGCCCUUCAGUGGCUCCGACGUCGGCGGCUUCUUCGGAAACCCUCCGCCCGAGAUGAUGACUCGCUGGCAUCAGAUCGGCGCCUUCUCGCCCUUCUUCCGGGCACACGGCCACAUCGACACGAAGCGCCGCGAGGUGUACCUCUUUGACCAGCCUUACCAGGGCAUCAUGCGCGACGCGAUCCGCCUCCGAUACUCGCUCCUGCCCGUCUUCUACACCGCGUUCUACGAGACGAGCAAGACCGGCAUUCCCAUCAUGCGGCCACAAUACGUUGUCUUCCCACAAGACCCGAAGGGCUUCGCUCUCGACGACCAGUUUUACCUCGGCAGCUCGGGUCUCUUGGUCAAGCCCGUCGCCGAGGAAGGCGCGACGAGCCAGGACGUCUACAUCUCGGACGACCAGCCAUACUACCACUAUUUGACGCACGAGAUCUACUUCGGCGCUUCUCACGGCGGUGCCAACGUCAAGGUUCCUGCGCCGCUCGAAUCGAUCCCUGUCCUCCAGCGUGGCGGCCACAUUCUCCCUCGCCGGGACAUCGUCCGCCGUGCAGCUGUCCUCUCCUGGCGCGAUCCUAUCACACUCGUCAUUGCGACGGACCUUGCGGGUACCUCCGCCACAGGCUCGCUCUACCUCGAUGACGGCGACACCUUCAACAACGAGAAGGGCGACUACGUGUACCGCUCGUUCGUCCUCGCACCCGAGUCGAAGGGCUCGAAGACCCUCAAGUUGCAGAACCGCGCUGCCGUGCCGUACGACGAGUUGAACGCGUACGCGCAGAAGAUCUCGGACGUCCCUGUUCGGGAGAUCGUCGUCCUCGGUCUGCCCGCGAAGCCGUCCUGCGUCAAGAUUGCCGGUGAGGCGGUCGGACUCGAGUUCGAGUGGAAGGAUGGCGUCGCUGCCACCGGCUCGAGGCGUUCGUGGGGCAAGCCUGCGAGCGUUCUCGUCAUCAAAGACGCCAACUCGCCCAUCGUCAAAGACUGGGACCUCGUGUUCGAGUACGACUCGUCCAAGGCAUGCCCGGUUACGCCAGCCGUCGACUACGAAGCCGCGCUCCAGUCGCCCGAAUGUCCCGUCGGUCGCUUCCGCUGUCGCAACGAGGGCCACAUUCCCGGCUGCGUCCUCCUCUCGCGUGUCAACGACGGCGUCUGCGACGAGGAAUGCUGCGACGGGUCCGACGAGACGGACGGCAAGACGCUCUGCCCGAACCGCUGCGCUGCUGUCAACGCCGAGUACCGCAAGCAGAAGGCUGAGGUGGAGCGGAAACAGCGCGUCGGCGCUUCCGUACGGAGCGACUACAUCAAGUUCGGCGCUCGCGAAAAGGCCAAGCUCGAGGCGGAUCUCGACAAGGCCAUGGACGAGAUCGCCGACCUACAGCAGCGGGAGAAGUCGGCUAAGACGGCGCUAGAGAUCCUCGAGCAAGCUGAGGCUGGUGAGAUCGAGCGAAAGAAGAACAGCCAGCUCUACCAACGCAUCGUCGAGAUGCAGACGGUUAUCAAGGCUCUUCGCCUGCAUCGCCAGAACCUCGAGGGUCACAUCGCUGACUUGAGCGGCAUUCUUAGCGACCUUUCGCGCGACUUCAAUCCCAACUUUCAGGACAUGGCGGUCCUCGGCGCCACUCGUGCGUUCCGCGACUGGAAGGUAGCGAACGGCAUGACGGUCGAGGAGGGCGAGGGCGUCGAGACCGGCCAGGAGGGCGAGACGGCUGCUCCACCUGCAGAGAAGCCGACCGAGGAGGAGCUCGUUGCGGACGACUACACCGACGACGAGCUGAAGAAGCUGGAGGAGGAGGACCCGCUCUCGCUCAUCGACUCGGUCAACCUGCGCGUAGGUGCUCCAGUGACAUCCGGUGUCGCGAGCAUCUUCCGCCUGGACGACUAUGUCCCCGACAAGUGGCGACCGCUGUACGACAACUACAAGAAGCAGCUCGUCGAGUUCCUCGUUCGCACAGGUGUCGUCUACGCUCCUGUCAGCGAAGGCUCGGACCGACCAGAGCUGAUGCGCGCGCGGACGGCGCACACGGAUCUCGUCGACGAGCUGCAUCGCGCGGAGGGUCGGCUUGGAGACGUCAAGAAGCAGCUGGAGAAGGACUGGGGACGGGAUUGGGAGUGGCGGAAGCUUGACGGGACGUGCAUCGAGAAGGACGCGGGCGAGUACACCUACAGCUUGUGCUUCUUCGGUGAGGCGACGCAGAAGUCGAACAACAACGGCGCGCGCACCAGUCUCGGUACCUUCAAGGGCUGGUCGUCGGAUGCGGCGCAGGGUUCGGACGAGUACUACAUGAAGCAGCUUUACACGGACGGGCAGAGGUGCUGGAACGGUCCGGCACGUAGCGCCAAGGUCGACCUCGUCUGCGGCACCUCGAACGUCUUGGUCUCGGUCGUCGAGCCCGAGAAGUGCGAGUACCUGUUCCAGGUCACGACUCCGGCCGUGUGCUACCCGCCGACGGCCGAGGCGGAGGAAGGAGCGAAGGGAGCGAAGGACGAGCUGUAG